UACUUCUCUGAAGAACUAAAAAUCAAGAGGGAGGAAGAGUCGACGAGAAAGAGAGAGAAGAAAAUGUUUUUAAGGAUGGUGGCGAGGCCGUUGAUGGCGAAGGUGAAGGAGACAACAGGGAUAGUGGGGCUAGAGGUGGUGCCGAACGCGAGAGAAGUGUUGAUCAGUCUCUACGGCAAAACCCUAAAGGAGAUCCAGGCCGUCCCGGAGGACGAGGGCUACCGGAAGGCCGUCGAGAGCUUCACUCGCCACCGCCUCAAGGUUUGCCAGGAGGAAGACGACUGGGAAAUCAUCGAGAAGCGCCUCGCUUGUGGCCAGGUCGAAGAGCUCAUCGAAGAAGCCCAGGACGAGCUCAAGCUCAUCGCCAAGAUGAUCGGUACCUACAUUUCAAUACUCUCUCUCUCUCUCUCUCUCACAUUACUAAAUUCAAUUUUAAUUUUCACUCUAUUUCUGUGUCUCUUUAGUUUUUUAGAACAAUGUAGGGUGAUCCGAAGAAUAAGAAGGAAAAUUUGAGUUUUAGGGCCAGUU